AUGCAUGGUUCGGAGAAUGAAUCUGCUUUUUCACCUUCGUCACAACCGUCCGCACACAGUGCUACAAUUCACAGUCCAGCGACUACUUUCAGUGAUCGAAGGAUGUCUUAUGACCCCUCCCCAUUUCAAUCUUCGUUCGGUGAACUUCACGAACCAACGGCCCAACCUGGAUUGAGGACUUCCAGUCCAGUAUCUGACUCUGUGCAUGACGGUGCUACUCCUUCAACUGCUCCAGUCACAGAAUCACCCGCGGUAUCGUACGCGGCUCCGACUACGGCCUAUAACUCCAUCCCAUCCUCCUUCGACACUGCCAAGCGGUGUCACCUGCACAUCAGACAGCAGCCCAGAGCCGCGCGUGCUGGACCGGACGGGAAGGAUCGAAGAGCGGUCGAUCCCCCGCCGGUCGUGCAGUUGUUAAUGGAUGACUUCGAUCCGGACAAUGAGGCUGAUGUUGCAGAGCUAAGAUGUCCCUUCUGGGUUGUGCACUGCCGUUUAGUCGGCGCAUUUUCUGUCGAGUCAGAUGUGAGCACGCAGUCCUAUUACACCGAUGACGGGCAAAAGGAAGUGCAGCGUCUGCUCUUGGGCACGACUGUGGCGAGUCCUACUCAUACUGCUGAUGACCCCGAUCCCCCUACAAUGCCCACGCAUCCCGUUACAAGAGAUGCGGUAUCUGCGCCCCCCAGUCCUACGUCGAGAUUUUUGCCCAGCGCGCCUUCUGGGAGACUACCAAGAGCUCCUCACAACAUUCCGGGAUCGUUCUUCAUCUUUGCCGAUCUUUCCGUGCGCCGAGCGGGCGAAUACCGGUUACAGUUUACCUUGAUGAAGAUGGAACCUCCAUUGCUCAAAGUUGGGGCUACGGUGCCUGCUCACCAUGUCGUCACGAGUCAAGUCUUCCGAGCUGUCAACGCAAAGGAUUUCGAUCAGGUGCAGCCCAGCACCAACUUGGUGAAGGGCCUGCUUGACCGAGGUGCAGGAUUCCCGCUCAAAUUGAAGAAAGGGAUCAGAGAAGGCCAAAGACGACGGAGAAAUUGGGAUGACUACUCUGACGACGAUGAUUCGGGUGACUACGACAACGAGUGA